CAGAGUGACAUUUGGCCAAACGUGCAGCACGUCUUUAAACAAUCCGCCCGAUGUGAAGCCUCUGUUUAAUCUGUGAAUGAGUCAAAUGUGUCCUAUUUACCCUGCCCACACCGCAGGUCAAGUUUCAAAGUUUCCUUCUCCCCUCCGGGUUACAUGCAACACAACAAAUAUUGACUGGGGCCGGGAGUCGAUCAGUUCGGCGGAUUUUUAACCUCCGGUUCUCAGCUCGGCUGUGCUUCCACAGGGCUCCCUGCAGAAGGACCGUCUGUCUCCCAGCGCUUUGUGUGUGUGUGUGUGUCUGUGUGUUGUUGUUGUUGUUGUUGUUGUUAUUAACCCGUGUGUGUGCGUGAGGGUAUGUGUGUUUGAGCCCACAGGCCUGGAAAGAUGAGGCGUCUGCUGCUGCUGCUUCUGGGGCUCCUGCUCCUCCACCAGGGCCGCUGCUUUGAGUUUGUGAUAGAUGGAGAAUGGGAGGACGAGAGGUCAGCCCCACAGGACCGUCGGGAGAGACACAAGAGAGCGAUAUUGACCAGCGAGGAGCAGGAAGACUUUGAAGCCAUCCGUGGAGACGGUAUCAUAGUCAAGAGCUACAAGGUGGAGAGCCGCAUCACGUCCCGCUUCGCCCACACCACCGUCAAGAGCUUGGUGGUCAACUCGGGCUCCAAAGCUGAGAGCGUCAGCUUCAACGUCCAGAUCCCCAAACGAGCUUUCAUCACCAACUUCACCAUGAAUGUGAACGGGAUGACGUUCCUGGGCUCCGUGAAGGAGAAGACAGUAGCCAGGAGCCUGUACGCUCAGGCCAGAGCCAGAGGCAAGGCAGCAGGCAUCGUCAGGGCUAAUUCCCAGGACAUGGAGACCUUUAAGACAGAGGUCCACGUUCCCGCCGGCAGUAACGUCGAGUUUGAGCUCCACUACCAGGAGAUGAUACAAAGGCGGCUGGGUCUCUACGAGCACCUGCUGUACCUGCAGCCAGGGAGGCUGGUGCCGCAGUUCCAGGUGGACGUGUACAUCUUUGAGCCAAGGGGAAUUUCCAGGGUACAAACACCAAACACCCUCGGGCUACAGUUCGGGGAGCUCAUCAGAGUUACAACAACCAAAAACAAGGCUCAUAUUGUCUUCAAGCCCGACCUACAGCAGCAGAGGACGUGCGGCAACUGCACCGGCAGUGCCAUAGAUGGCAUCUUUACUGUCACAUACGAUGUGAACAGGGACAGCAAUGCCGGGGAGCUGCAGGUCUCGGAUGGCUACUUUGUCCAGUUCUUCGCUCCGUCCAACCUCUCCCCGCUUCCCAAAAACAUUGUGUUCGUCAUUGACGUCAGCGGGUCCAUGUGGGGGGUCAAGAUGAAGCAAACAGUGGAGGCCAUGCAGGCUAUUUUGGACGACCUGACCAUCGACGAUCACUUCAACAUCGUUGACUUCAACCACAACGUGCGUUGCUGGAGCGAGGAGCUGGUCCCUGCCUUGUCUAUUCAGGUCGCCGAUGCCAAGAGAUACAUCCAGACCAUCAGACCCAGUGGAGGCACCAACAUCAACGAGGCACUGAUGAGAGCAGUUCAGAUGCUGGUGAGGGCGUCCACUCAGGGGAUAAUUGACUCCCGCUCCGUCUCCAUGAUCAUUCUGGUCUCUGAUGGCGAUCCCACCGUGGGAGAGAUCAAACUCAGCACCAUCCAGAAGAAUGUGAAGCGAGUGAUGAGGGAGGAGUUCUCUCUCUUCUCACUGGGCAUCGGCUUUGACGUGGACUAUGACUUCCUGGAACGCGUCGCCAUGGAGAACAGGGGCAUGGCUCAGAGGAUCUACGCUAACCACGACGCUGCAGAGCAGCUACGGAUGUUUUACAGCCAGGUCUCCUCUCCGCUGCUGAGGAGAAUCACCAUCCAGUUCCCGGAGGACUCGGUGUCCGACGUCACCCAGAACCGCUUCGACAAAUACUUCAGCGGCUCAGAGCUGGUGGUGGCCGGGAAGGUGCUCCCGUCUGAGAGCAACACGCUGACCAGCUUCACGACUGCAUCUGCCGACCGUAUUGACAUCACCCUGGAGACAGAGGCCGACACCGCGGAGCUGGACGCCGAGCUGGCCAAGCAGCAGCACUCGUUCACGGGUUUCGCCAGGCAGCUGUGGGCCUACAUCACCAUCAAACAGCUGAUCUCUGAGAGGUCUCUGGCUCCGACAGCGGCCAAGAAGAGGAAGAUCACCCAGAGGAUCAUGUCCCUGGCCGUGGAGCAUCAGUUCGUCACGCCGCUCACCGCGCUGCUGGUGGAGAGCGAGGACGCCACGGAGAGGCUGCUGGCCGACUCCCCGAAGGACCCGAAGCACGGCUGCUGCUCAGGAGUGGGAGUAGGAGGGGGCUCAGCAUCCAGUGGCCACUCUCCAGUGCGAGUCGUCUACCAGCCUCCACCCUGGGUCCAGAUGACGACUCCGGCCCCGCCGAGUCAGGCCGAGAAGGGUCCGGAGGAGUGGGCUCUGCCCCAGCAGGUCAACUUAGUGGACAACGACCCACACUUCAUCAUCCACCUGCCCAGAAGUAACCUGGACGUCUGCUUCAACAUCGACUCCAAACCUGGUCAUAUUCUCAACCUGGUGUCUGACACUGGAACAGGUGUGGUGGUGAACGGUCAGCUAAUCGGCUCAAAGCAGGUGCACAGAAACCGCCUCAACAACUACUUCGGCACCAUCUCGGUCUACUACCAGCCCGAUGGGGUCAGCGUGACCGUCGGCACCGACGGCAUCGGCAUGACCGACGGCAGGAACAACCACUCCUUCACCUGGGGGGCCACGGCUGAAAUCACACAGGAUGGGGUGAGGAUUUCCAUUGUGAAGGACUCUCACGUUACCGUCACAGUAAAUAACAACAUCCAGGUGAUGGUUUUGCUUCACCGUGUGUGGAAGAAAAAUCCCGUCAAUGUUGACUUCCUCGGUAUCUACAUUCCCAACAACAACCGGUACUCCCCUCUGGUGCACGGGCUCAUAGGGCAGUUCUCCAGAGAGCCUGAGGUGCGCGUGUACGACAUCCACGAAGGGGUCGACCCCCUGAAGAAGGAGGCCACCAUGGAGGUGAAGGGCAACAAGCUGCAGGUCACCAGGGGCUGGCAGAAGGACUACCGGCGUGAUAAGAGGCGCGGCUCCAACGUCUACUGCUGGUUCAUUCACAACAGCGGGAAGGGCUUCAUCGACGGCCACUACACCGACUACAUCGUCCCAAAUCUCACCAGCUUCCUUCAGGCGCUCUGAACAGACAGAGACGCAUUCAAGUACCCCCUCUGUGUCACUUCCCCUCACAUUUUAUUCAAUUUUUUUUUCUUCGUGAAUCAUUUAAUCAAUAGGCUUUU